AUGUUGCGCAAGUUAUAUGAUGAAGAAGACAUUAAGGAGGAAGAGGAAAUUGAAGAAGUGGAGGAAGAAGAUUUCGGUCCCAUCUAUGACACCGAUGGGGAAGGGGAAUUUGUUGAAAGAAUUAAUUUAGUGACUGGAGAAGAAAUUGUUGAACACUCUAACCCUUUCUAUGCCACUGAUGGGGAAGACGACCAUGAAGAAAUUGAAGAAGAAAUAAAUUUCGUGGUUGGAAACAAAAUUGUUGAAACAACUGUGAAAGAAAUCGAUUUUAUUGUUACAAACAAAAUUAUUGAAGAAAAGGUUGAAGAAUCCAAAGAGGUGGAGCAGGUUCUUGACCACGAAGAUGUGGUUGUGGUUAAGAAGGAUGAUGAUACUCGUCUUAUAGCAAACCGUCUUUCUAAGAACCUAGAAGAAGGAGUGACCCAUCAAUUUCCAAGUUCCAAGCAAUUACGAGGGAGGGAGUUCAUAAUGCUUGGAUUCCUAUUCUUGUGGUGUACUUUUAGUUGGGAAGCCAUGUUAUUGGAACAUGUUGUUCAUCAACCCACAAGUACAAACCAUGAUCUAUUAUUUCAUAUAACCAUUGUUAAUCCUUUAAAUUAUUUCAAGGAUAACUUUCUAGGUUCUAAUCUUGUUCAUGGGAGUGUACGAAAGUGGUUUUUGAUCCACAAAUGGAAGAUAUGGUUAGAAUUUCAUUUGGCGAGUUCUUUUAGUUAUUUGAAGAACAUGUGUAUGUGGAGAAGAGACCAAGUUGGAAUAAAGAAAAGAUCACAUUAUGCAAUAAAAAUUUGUUUUCAAGACUUGCUGUCAGGGAAGGUUCGUAUGGGGGAACAACACAAUUUGGUUCUUACUGAAUUGAGGACAAUUCCUUUCGAAGAAGGAGGGAAUGAUCCGUAUAUGGAUAAUGAAGGCCCAAAAGGCUAUGGGUAG